CACAUGAUCCGGCUUGGAGGCGAGACGACUUGACUGAUAUGCGAAACCAAGGAGGUACAUGAGAUUUGGCUAAACUAUGGGGAAUUGUUGCUGUCCAUCGGAUGACAAGGGCUUCCAGGAGCAGGAGCCUGAUGAACGUUCAAGUCUUAUAGGCAACCAUCCUGGUAGUAGCAAUUCACCGAGACUUGUGCCUAGGUCAGAACGAACCCCAGGGGCCAGUCGCAGUGAUUCAUUCCCAAGUCCACAAAACCAUGCCUCACAGAGAGGAGAUGAACAGUCAGCACUGAAUAGAAUACUACACCAAACAGCCAGCAAUGUUAUAGAUGUUGCGGCAAUAGAUGCUCGUUCUAUGGAACAGCAUGAAUACCUGGAUAAGGCAAGACAGUAUAGUUCUAAGUUGACAAUGUUGUGCAAUAAGACACCUAUCCCAAGCAGGCCUCAUUCCCUGCCCUCUGGUGUAGGAAAUCCUCAUGCCAUACUGUCAGCACCACCAUUGUCACAAGCAGACAUACAAUUUAUUACACAAGUAGCUGAUAGGACAGCACAGACAUUGAAAGAAAUCAAAGUGAAACACAAAGAAGACCUGGUUGUUCCUUUUGGAGUACCUUGAUAUACAGACAUAAAAAUACAACAACAAUAAACAAUAUACAAACUGACUAUAAUUCUUAAAGUUUCUAUAUUCAUCAGCAUAAGUAUGCUUCAGACAGCAGGUUCAAGCUGUUGCAAAUAAAUAAUCUCAAAAAAAGAAAAAAAUUAGUGUUAUUGCGGUAGACUUAAAAAAAGAAUUAUUCUUAUUUUUAACUCUACAUGCUGAAUAUAUUAAAUGCAUACAAUGCAUUGCUCAGAUAUUAAAAGAUUAUUGUUGAACAAAAUGUAAUAAAUCACUCCUAGUAGAGCAUAUAUCAUUACUUAAACUAUUUCUCCUAUAAAAAUUUUAAAAAUCUUCAGGUACUGUGAAUUUUUUUUUUUUUAAUCAAUACAGCAGUCAUUAUAGUGAUAAAUAUUAUUGAAAAAAAAAGCUUUAGAUGUGUGGCACAUUUUGGGUUUCUUUAACUGCUCAAUAGAAAGAACUAGUUCCAAACUGCGGUUUUGUAAAUAAUAGUCACUGUUAUUGAGUGACAAAUGAGAGAAACAGAUUAAGCUCUACAUUUUGCUGUAUUAAUUUUACAGCUACUGCAAGGACAAUAAUGUAGCAUAUUCCAUAUUGUUAGCUCAAGUGUUUAUCUCAUGCAACAACAGUUUCUGUCCCCAAAGUAUGGCAGUUCAUUGUAGGUUUUUAAGAAGGAAGCUGCAUCUUUAUUCUUUAUCACACAUGGUGCCUGUAAGUAAUUAUACAGAUAACUGGUUCAUUUUAUGAGGCAUUGGUACCAGGUACGGUAGAGGUAUCUGAUAGUUCACUUCAUACACCCAGAUUUACUAGUAGCUCAAAAUAAAGACGGGUCCAAGAGGAACUCCUGUCUAACUGUACCAAGGCAUUAAUGGAAUACCACUUUUGUGCCACUGACAAUACAUCAAAAAUCUUUUUAUGGGGCUUCUCCCAUGAUAUCAGAGCCCUUCACCUAGUAGAUUGGAAGGGGCUUCAGGGGGCACAAGAUUACAAUUUUCAUAUAUUUAUUUGAAUAGCAAAAAAUCUGAGCUAUAAAAUUUUUUAUGGAGUUUCGUUAUUUCCUUUAGUAGACCCUUGCCUUGGAAAGGUCACAGUGAAGGUCAUGCCACUGAUAUCACAGUGCUUGGGAAUAUAUAAUAUAAUAUUUUGCCUGGUGCAAUCUGAAUGAUUCCUGUGAAUGGGGGAUUUCCUGGAAACUCUUAUCUUCCAUAGCUUGUUCUCUCAGAAUAAGUUUUCUGUUAUUGCACCUAGUAGUGGUUUUAUGUUUUAUUUUCUCCAUUUAAAAAAUAUGAGUGUAUUAAGGAAUAACUGGGUAAAAGAGUUGAAAAACAGCUUGUUUUUCCAGUUUGUGUGCUUAAAUAUGCUACCUGGAAUAUGAACUUAUUGCUUACUGUGAUACAAAGGACAAAAAUUUGGUUUGAAACAUUAAUAGUCUCCAGGUUUGUUUUCAGGUCAUGUAUUAUUUCUUCACAAACAUGUCAAAAACAUAUCUUAUGGCUUAUUUAGACUUGGAUGAAAGUAUGGACAUAUGUAAAUAAAGAACAUGUAAUGUUGA